AUGUCCAAAAUACGUAACGACGUGUAUUUAUUCUCUUUGACGGUUUCGCAAACUCUAGGGUUGACUAGGCCGAGCAGAAUAACUGCACUGGCAAGGUUUUUCUCACGAAGGAGGUCGAUCGCCUUGGAUCAGAAAUAUGUUUUAAUUACCGGUUGCGACUCUGGCUUCGGCCGUGAAACAGCCAUUCGACUGGACAAGAUGGGAGCGUAUGUGUUGGCGACUUGCCUGACAGAGGAAGGAGAGAAGAGUCUAAGGUCCGCGACCAGCGACAAACUGAAAACAUUCCGGCUGGACGUGACAAAUUCAGAGCAGAUCAAAGAUCUUUACGAAGAUAUUCAGCGACUUCUGCCCUCGGACCAAGGUGUAUGGGGGUUGGUAAACAACGCUGGGAUCGCUAUUACUGGACCAAUAGAAUGGAUACCUCUACAAAAAUCAAAACGCGUCGCUAAUGUUAAUCUGUGGGGCAUGAUUGACGUUACUAAAACCUUUCUGUCGCUCGUCAAGAAGUCCCGAGGCCGCGUGGUGAACAUGUCAAGUAUGUUGGGUCGUGUAUCGUUGCCUCACGUUUCUAGCUACUGUAUAACAAAGUAUGGAGUGCAAGCAUUCUCCGAUGCUUUGAGGCGUGAAAUGAACCCGUGGGGAAUACUGGUCAGUAUCAUAGAACCCGGCUUGUUCAAGACAGCCUUGGCACACACCGAGCGCAACAUUCAAGCGACGCAGGAUUUAUGGGACGACCUCAGUCCUGAGUUAAAGGAGGAGUAUGGAGAGAGAAAACUCAAUCAAAUCAAGAAGGGAAUCAUUAAGGUUUCCGAGAGUGCCAAUCCUGACACAUACAAAGUUGUGGAUGCUGUGAUCGAUGCUUUAACUUCUCAGCGACCUAAAACUCGUUACGCUGUGGGUCUGGAUGCAAAAGUAUCAAUCUUCAUUUCCUUUAUGCCCACUUUCAUUGCUGACAGCUUUUUCCGAAGGAGGAAGUGAUAUGCCUCGGUUACAACGGAGCAUCUGCUUUAAUGAGAUCUCAGUAAGAUACGUUUGAAACAUCUGCCGCCUUCAGUCAAAAACAUGACGUGUGCACACGUUGUCUUACAUGCAGCACUAAUCAUACUCAUAUGGACCAAUGUUGUAAUAACUAGGUGGCGCCUAGGUGGCGUUCUUUCAGUCUGUCAGAACCAAGUUGUCUUACACGAGGUACAAACAACCACACAAGCCAGUAAUUAUCCGUGUAUAGAAGUGUAUAACUUUUUCGGCAAAACUCAAAACAGAAUUGUAAAUCAACAGGACACCCGUGAUUAAUAAGCUUUGUGUUCUAACAGUCUCCAGUUUUCCUCCUCCAUAAUUUUCUUUCCUUUCACAGAUUUCUAUUAAUUUUUCAAUUUUUGUAUCCUAUUGUGCGAGACAGCGGUUGUUUCUUAUGUUUUCCUCGAAAGUUUGCGCGGGAAAGAAGCGCGCGGACGGCCAAACAUUGAUGCCCUCGCGCACGCCCUACUUUUGACCGUUGUGGUGCAAGGUAUGUUGGGUAACCCACAGAAUACAAAUUUCAAAAUACUCACUCGAUUUAUUUCUAUGACAAAAAUCCAUAUUUACUGACAUACAAGCUGGUCGUGUUAUUAAUACCGGCUUUGAAAGAAGUUCUGAACAAUAUUUUACUAUAAAAAUUAGCAUUUAUUGGUUAAAUACUCUCAAACAUGGUAAACUAUAACUUAAGAAAUGAAUAUAGGUCUGCAAUAAAAAGAAGACUGUUCUUCAACGAAAAUAAUUUUUUACCCAAGGAAGACUGAAAGGUACAGAGUGUGGAAUUACAAUGUAAUGUAACAACUGACCGUUAUCUGUUUUACCUCUCCACCAAGCUGAAUGCAAUGAUUGUUGCUAUGAUUUUUUAUCUCGUCCAUUUUAUAGAAUCGCGUUUCUUACAAAAUCAUUGGAUAUAAAGUUAAACAUUUUCCAGUGUAAACAAUGUUAGUGAAGAGUUCCUUUUACUUACUUUGAUUGGCUUGUGCCAAAAAAACCUCUAAUUUCGUACCCAGAUCCUAUCGUGUAACGGUGACUGAAAUGUAAUCUCGUUCCCAGAUCCCACCGUGUAAUGGUGAAAUGUAAUCUUAUUCCC